AUGCUCCUUUUGGCACUAAGUGAUGCAUAUAUACCAGAUCGAGCGAUUGGCUUGCCAUCUGAGUUUAAGAAACUAUUAAAUGUACCAAAUAAGAUAGGCCAAGUUGUUCUCCUGGGUAAUUGUACUAGGUCUUACCAAUUUCUAAAGUUUGUUAACGAUAUCACAAGUGAUGUUACUAUUGUACGUGGAGAAUUUGAUAAUGCGACGAUCGCUACCGCACAAAACUUGAAGGAAGAAAUACCAAUGAGUACUAUAAUUAAACAGGGGGAGUUCAAGAUCGGUUGCUGCAAUGGUUAUACGUUAGUGCCGAAGAGUGAUCCGCUUUCACUGCUUGUGCUGGCGAGGCAGCUGGAUGUGGACAUUAUGCUUUGGGGUGGGACUCACAGUGUUGAAGCAUAUACGCUAGAAGGUAAAUUCUUUAUCAACCCUGGGUCUUGCACUGGUGCUUAUAGUUCAGAUUGGCCACUGCAAGAUGAUGUUUUGGAGGGUGUCUUUAAUCCGGAAGGCCAGGAGAAUGGCACGUUAUCUCAAGAACAGGCUUCUCCCGAGGCUCCAAGCAGUAGUAUAAGUAACAAACAAAAUGCAUCUGACGAACCUAAGCUUAGUGAGAACUCGAAUAGUAACGGAACCAAUGUUGGUGAAAAAAACGAGGACAACCCUAAAACUGAGGAUUUUGAGAAUUCUGAAGACGAUGAAGAUAUUGAUGAAGUGGACAUCAACGGUGGCUGUAUACCAAGUUUUUGUCUGUUAGAUAUUUCAGCUUCCAUUUGCACUCUGUAUAUUUACACAUUUGUUUGUGGAGAGGUUAAGGUAGACAAAGUUGUCUAUAAGAAAGAGUGA